AACUACAUUUUCUUCAAAUUAAUGUCUUGCAAGAUGUCGCCUACCGUUAAAGUGCCAAUCAAAGAAAAUGGAAAAAAAAGAUUUUACAAACCCAGCAUUGUGGAGUCGCAGAAUUCAUUUAUUUUACACGUUACGAACCAGAGUGAAAUCAAAAAUAAACUGGAGCAAUACCAGAAAAUGCAUCUAUCCAGAGGAACCACCUUCCAACCGCUGGUGAUUGCCGUCGGACCAACGAGCAAGGACUUAAAGGAUUUUUACGUAGCGGUUGAGUCAGUUCUCUACAAGGUAGAUCAACUGCUAAAAGCUGUCGACGUGUGUUUCAAAGUAAUUCACGUAACCAACGUUCAAUACCCGCUAGAAUGUUUAAGUGUAUGGUCAUUUAUCCAAAAAUAUUUUUAUAACUUGCACAACAAAAAGGACAAGAAAAUUUCCUCUGUCUAUUGCUUUAUAUCAGAUCUGACUGACUAAUUAAUUGAGCAUCUUUCAAGGACUUAAGAAUUUUUGUGUUUUGACUAUAGGGAUAAUAGUUAGUAACAAUGUUUAUUUGCUUCAUGUGUUCGAUCGAAACAGCAAACCAUCAAGAUCUUAUUCAUCAUUACAAAACUAGUCACAAUCUCGGUCAUAACUCGAUUUAUCGAUGUGCACAAUCGAAUUGUUUCAGAGCAUUUCAAAGUUUGCGUUCCUUUCGUCGUCAUAUAGUUAGUCAUAAUGUCUCGGACCGGAAUAUAUAUUCAGAAUUAGCCCCGUCGCUUAAUUUUAACACUGAUAACAUGAUCGAAAAUUACAAUAAUUUAGACAUAACAGAUAAUACUCAGGAUACAUGUAAUGUUAAUGCAUGCUGUAGUAAUCUGCAACCCACAUCUGAAAGUUUCAGUAAGAAAAAUGAAAAUGUACGGAAGUCUACUGCAGCAUUUGCAUUAUCGUUGUAUAGCAAUCCUUAUUUAAAUCGUAAAUGCGCUAUGAAAAUAAUUGACGAUGUUUCAGAACUAGUAACUGGUGUUAUUGGAACUAUGUUGUCUGAACUCUCACCUAAUGACGAUACACCGAAUAAAAACAUAGUUGAAGCAAUUUCCCAUUCUUUCGACGGUUUGGAUACUGAAAGUCAAGUAAUUAAAUAUUUUUCUGACCGUAAUAUUUACACACCCCCAAAAAAAUUUACAAUUAAUGAAAAUGUUACUGUAAAUACAGGAAAUUCUACGGUAAUGCUAAGACCUAUGUCGGAAACUGGAGCGAUAGUACCUUUAAGAGCAGUUUUAAAACAAAUAUUUGAA